CAGAGAUUUCGCAGACGCUUCGCCACCACCAACAUUACUACUUCCUCGAACGACGAAUCGGGUACCGAUGCUUUUAUCCAUUUCACCCAAUCGGUCAAUUUAUAAAUAACUUUAUUCAGUACACCUCUACCAUCUAUUGAAAUCUCCAAUUGCGUCAUCGCAAGCACUGAGCCAAUCUACCUGCACAACACCCCGCGCUACAGCCCCGCCAAGCUCAUCUUUUGCAGUGACCUAACUUGCCAAAGAUGAGCGACAUUGACCGCCGUGAACAGCAGCUUGACAGGCGCCUGCAGCUGACUACAGGCCUUGAAAGUUUGCCCUACGACCUCAUACUCUACCUCGAACGCGCCGCCGUCUACUCGGACCUUGGAUACCCCGAUCUUGCCGCCGGAGAUGCCUACCGAGCUCUACUACUUACCGACGAGGUCGCUACCGAAGGCUUUGAAUACUACGAACAAGCAAGAGAAGCUCUUUCCAUGCACACAAAUGCACCGGCUCCUGAAAUCUUACUUCAUGGCAGCCUGGCUGAGCCUGUAGCUGCGUACUAUGACGGCUCCUCCACUAAGAGCGACGAUGCUGUGGCUGAGCUCGCCCGCUUGGCAUCCAUUCGGGCAUACCAGAUCCUGUCAAUAAGUCUGCUGCUUUGCGGAUGCCUUAAAAGUGCAUACAAGUUUUGCGAGCGCGGCCUCCUUGUUGCUCCAGAGAACCGCGAAUUGCUCGACACUAAAGAAAACAUCUCCGCCGUUGCCCGUCGCAAGUUACGGCGGGACGAUUUCGACCCCAACAACCUACCCGACUACGGUCUCGUACGCCGUGAAGUAUACCCAUGGAACGACCAUGAACCGGACCGAUUCUCAGAAGAAUCACUGGCGACUCUCAACGAAGAUCUGAAGCAGAUGGCCCCCAAGUGUGCAGUACAGGUCGCCACCCUUCCCGUCCUCCUCGAGUCUGCAAGCAACACCGACGAGUACGAAAUAAUCCCUACAUGCAAGCAACUCGGUGUGUUUGCCGUUGAGGCCAUUGAGGCUGGUGAGGCAGUGCUUCACGAAUACUCCCUCCUAACUGCAAACAACCGCCUGAAAGACUCUGUCUGCGAUGCCUGUAGCAGCGAGCUACCCCCGUUAGGCGCCGACUCUGAGGCUGUCAACUGCGACGAAUGCUAUGAUACCGUCUUCUGCAGUCAGUACUGCUACGACCAGGCUCAAGAGCGUUACCACCCCUCCGUUUGCGAAAAGGACGUUGACGCCAUCGCCAAGGAUGCCGACAAGUAUGAGGCGGACGAGACACUAUACCUGUUACUACUAGCUCGUGUGCUGGCACUAGCUGCUCACCAGGAAAUCCAUCCUCUGGACGUUCGAGAAGUCCGCUUCAUCUGGGGGGACUUUGUACCCAGCAGCGCCAACGAUAUCAACGUUUCGCCUAGCGCCGGGCCACCUCCCGAAUGGACGCUCCCAUUCUCCUUCAAGUAUAACAUUGAAACACCGUUACAUCUGCUCGAGAAGAUGGACAUUGAUAUCUACUCGGAACUCAGCAACUACGACCUCUGGACCCUCAACACUCUGUACGCCAAGUUCCGCGGAACAGCAUCUGCCCGAAAGAAUCCCCGCGACGGCCGUCCAGACGUCGCCGCUGUCCACCCAUACUGGUGCCUCGCCAAUCACGACUGCGAUCCCAAUGUCACUUGGGAAUGGGGUGGUCGCAUGGUGCUCUCUGCCCGUAAGGAACGCGUGAUUGGAAACCGAAAAGGCGGAAUCAAGAAGGGCGACGAGAUUCUCAAUCACUACUGUGAUAUCAACAUGCCCGUCCAGCAACGCCGCGAGUGGGCUCGUGGUAGUCUGGGAGGCUGGUGUAUGUGCCAGCGCUGCCGAGACGAGGCCAACGAGACUUCUGCUACAGAGGCUACAGUCUAAAUAUGUCCCCAUUUCUUCUUAGCAAUUGUCUGCUUUACACCAUAACCCAUAGCUGAGCACGACGCCACUCAGCUGCUCUUCAUUCGUUCUGCUAGCCAUUCUUUGAUACCAUAUCUGUACGGUACACGUGUACAGCCUCUUGCAUAUACUUCCCUCGGCGCACAAUUGAUUUGUCUCUGUUUUCUGUCAGGAAGAUCUUAUCAUACGGAAAAGAUUUUAAAAGAUUAUGAUAGCUUAUUAAAAACAAUACGAAAAUUUAGAAUACCUUCGUUCACAC